AUGGGCCCUCGUUUACCGGUCGUAUGUUUGGUUCGUCACGGAGAAACAGAAUGGUCAAAAAACGGCAGACAUACUUCAAUAACUGAGGUAGAAUUAACUUCUCAUGGUAGAACCCAAGCACGUGAUUUAUCACGAUUCGUAUUUGAGAAUCCGUGUCAAGACUUUAUUGACCCGACAAACAUCACCCAAAUUUACGUAUCACCACGUCGUCGUGCACAACAAACCCUUGAAUUGGUAACUUUGCCAAAUAAGAGCGCUAUCCCGACUAUUACUGAACCAAAUUUGACGGAAUGGGAUUAUGGGGAUUAUGAGGGUAUCACAACGCAUGAGAUUCAUAGUAACACUUAUGCGUUUUGGGAUCUUUGGCGCGACGGGUGUCCAAACGGUGAAACGAUUGAACACGUAUCAAACAGAUGUGAUCGCGUGAUUGCAAAACUUCACAUGGAACAUAAUCCAACUGGACCAGGCGGCGACAUACUUGUCGUUGGUCAUUCACAUUUACUUCGUGUUUUAGUGAUGCGUUGGUUAAAUUUACCGGCAUCGCAUGGACGUCACGUUGUUCUUGACACCGCGUUUAAGUGUACUUGGAUAUGA